UACAUGUGAAUGGUGGUUUCAGUAAUUUGAUGGAGCUGGACAUAAGUGAUAACGUAGUCAAUGCGGUGGCUACUAUUGAAGGCAUCAAAAACUUGAGCCACUUAGAGAACCUCCACCUAGAUUAUGUCCACUUGAAGCAUGUGGGGACCGUUGUGCGAGCAUUAGGGGCACUGUCAUCUCUAAGGAUCCUUUCUCUCCGGUAUAAUACAAUAGAAGGAACAAUUACUACUCAAGAUUUCCAUAACUUCAGUAAGUUGGAACAACUCAUCUUGGAUGGUUCUUCGUUGAACACAAGCAUAGGAAUCCUUUCCAACCUUGGUCCGUUGACAUCCCUUAGAUUGUUGUCCUCAUCCAACACCCAUCUAAGUGGCAACCUAUCAGAUCAUGGCUUGUGUAACCUAGUAAAACUAGAAGAGUUGGAUCUUAGCUUUAACGGAAUUACUGGCGAGCUUCCUACAUGUUGGCGAAACAUGUCCUCUAUUCGGACUCUGAAUCUUGAAGACAAUGAACUUACAAAUAGUGUCGUGUCAUCUCCCCUCACUAGUCUUACAUCUCUCGAAUUUCUUUCCAUUUCGAGUAACCAUUUUGAUAUCCCCUCAUCACUCGGCCCACUUGCAAACCAUUCAAGACUUAAGGUGCUAAUUCUUGAUGACACCAAACUAACAAUUGAUACCAAAGUUGCAUCUUUGAUCCCGAGUUUCCAGUUGAAGGUUUUGAGUAUGUCAAAUAGUCCAUCAAGAGGAUUCGAAUUGACUUCUCUGGGCUUUCUCAAUCAUCAAUAUGACCUAAGAAUUUUGGAUCUCUCCUUGAAUGACAUUCCGGGUCCCUUUCCAGCUUGGUUGUUGGAAAACAACACCAAGUUGAAAAUGCUUUUUAUGGCAAAUAAUUUAUUUACGACACUUGAGGUUCCAUCAAUGACCCUUUUUUAUCUUUGGAGCAUGGACAUAUCCAACAACAGCAUGAGAGGAGAGCUCACUACCGAAUUUUGCACAAAUGUCCCAAAUCUGUCCCACCUUAUUCUAUCAGCCAAUAGAUUGGAAGGGAAUAUUCCAUCUGAACUGGGUAGUAUAAAAUUCCUACAUAUCUUAGACCUAUCUAGCAAUAAUUUCUCAGGGGGACUACCUAUCCAGUUACUAGAUAGUAAAUUGGGUCACCUCAACGUAGCAUAUAACAAAUUGCAAGGAGAAAUUGUACUUUCCGACCACAUCAUGAAUGCACGUUUGUCACAUUUGCGGUUAGACCACAACUUGUUCAUUGGAAGUCUCUCUUUUCUUUCAUCACUCGUAGAUUUGUGGGUAUUGGACGUUAGCUACAACAAUUUCACCGGCGAGCUUCCCAAAUUGAUUGCAAACAUGUCAUCGCUUAUGGCCCUUGACUUGUCCAAAAAUCAGUUGGAUGGCCUCAUCCCUCAAGAACUCUGCAAUCUUGGUUGGCUUCAGUAUUUGGAUUUGUCUGACAACAAUCUCUCUGGUCCAUUACCAUCAUUUUUUGUCUCAGAGUGGAUGCGCCACAUCCAUUUGAGUAGGAACAAAUUGAAUGGUACACUCGUGCAUGCGCUCUCUAGUAGCUCCCAUUUGGUGACCAUGGAUUUAAGUGAAAAUGAGUUCUUCGGAAGCAUACCCUAUUGGCUAGGUAACCUCUCUCAAUUGAGCAUUCUUUCACUGAAAGGUAAUAGCUUCUAUGGAACAUUUCCCGAGCAAUUGUGCAAGUUGAAAAGCUUAAGUAUGAUGGAUCUUUCUGAAAACAAUCUGUUUGGUCCAUUACCUAGUUGCUUGGGACCCAUGAAUUUUUCCAAAGAUUACACCUAUAAGGUAACUUCAGUAUGGGACAGAGGAAUUGAAAUGCUAGGAUGGCUUCCUUGGUCUUAUGUGAGGACAAUUAAAAGUCUACCUGAGUCCUUCCACGAAAAAAUGAUAGAAGAAUUUCAAGCUCCACAUAUUGUUGGGUUCACAACAAAAAGAAGGUUUGAUUCUUAUAAAGGCUACUCACUUCUUAAAAUGGUGGGACUACUUCUUUCUUGCAACCAAUUCAGCGGCGAGAUCCCACCGGAGAUAGCAAUCUUACAAGAAAUGCUUGUGCUAAACUUGUCACAUAACAAGCUUACAGGACGUAUACCAAUGUCAUUGUCAAGCCUCACGAAGAUAGAGAGCAUUGACCUUUCCUACAACAACUUGAUUGGUUCUAUCUCUGAAGAGCUUACUCAGUUGAAUUCCCUGGAAGUCUUCAAUGUGUCUUACAAUGACUUGUCAGGAACCAUACCAAACAAAUAUCAAUUUGGGGCGUUCGAUGAAAGCAGUUACUAUGGAAACCAUCUUCUGUGUGGAUUGCCAUUGAGUAAGAAGUGUUCGACAAUCAUUAACGUUAAUUGCUCAGCAACAAAAUCAUGCACAACAGCUAAAGAAGAUGGUUUCAUAGAUGAACAGACAUUCUAUAUCAGCUUUGGAGUGUCAUACACGACAGUUGGACUGAUAAUUCCGGUUGUUCUGUUCAUCAACCCCCAAUGGCGACAGGGAUGGUUUCACUAUGUGGAACUAGUUAUCACCACAUGUCAGAGCUUGUUCAUCACAUGCUACUAUUCUGUGAAGGACGGCUUUCAAAAAUUGUCUAGAGGCCAAACAUUUUAGGUUCUCGCACUCUGCAUUUCCUAGUAAUGGUUGGAUUGGGUUUUUUUUUCCUAUUGUUUGUUAUUGUCAUUGAUCAGCUUUAGGCUCAAUGUGGAUCUAUCGAGUCAAUACCUUCACAACUGAAUAAGGUCUUGUUCUACUUUCCUUGAAGACAAUACAGGGUGUGAUCCUUCCCUCUUUCGAAAAGGUGUUUUUACGUAAUUGCUUGCUCGUCUCUAUUUGGUUAGGUGAUCAUACUACUAGCAAUGACAAACAACACUAGAAAAACACAGCUGUCUCUUCGCACCUUUUUUGUUUUUGCGGUAACAAAUUUGCUUUCCUUUCCGAAUAAAAAUUUUCAUCUCCAUAUAUCACUUGGUCCAUUCACAAACCGUUUGAGACAUAAAACUCCUCUUGCUUGACAAUAUAGCACAAACAACUGAAUGUUCUUCAAAGUCUUAGGCUCAUGGCCAAUCUGUUUUCGUCUAACUUUUAUGAAGGCUUACUUGUUCUUAAGUGUCUCCUGAGAUGGUUAAAUUUACGGUCAAACUUGCAUUUUUAUGACUACUUUCGUUGUUCCUGUCUUUGUGGAAUGAUGUUCUAACAUUUUGCUAGGAGCUUAGCUCUAGCUUGGAAAAGGAAGUACCGCACUGAGGCAUGCCCUGUGCAGUAUGAAAGAGACCUAAUUUGUUGUCUUGAUGUCUAAGCCAAAUGCGAGCAAGAACCAACCCGGAUCGAGGCCCAGAUUGGUGCAAAUGUAUGAAUUCUAUUGUAAACAUUCCAUUCAUACGAGAAGGUCAGCGCUGCUGCCAUUUUUACAAAUUGGUAAAACAAAGUUACAGGUGGUAUGUCAAUCAAAGUAAUAGAAACAACCUCUUACCAAAAAAAAAAAAAAAAAACUAUCAGAUAA